AUGCAGAUAUCUAAGUCCGUAAACGAAGGCUCGUAUGAAGGCGUCGGCCUACUCAUAUUAGGAGCGGGCUGGACUUCAACAUUUCUUAUUCCGCUUCUAAAACGCGAGCAGAUCAAGUAUGCAGCUACAACAAGGGACGGCCGGGAUGACACAAUUCGAUUCAAGUUCGAUCCUAAAUCGAGUGACGCGGGGCCGUUCGAGAUGCUACCGAUCGCCAAGACGAUACUAAUCACUUUUCCGUUACAGGGUGAAGGCCAAGCAAAACAUCUGGUACGCAUGUACGAAUCCACACAUGAAAAACCCGGUCGCUCCAAGCCGCACUUUAUACAACUAGGUGCUACAAGUAUUUGGACGGCCCCAAAAUGGCAAGACGAAUCAUCACCCUAUGAACAUGCCGACUCCCGUGCCAUCGCCGAAGACGAGUUGAUGGCAUGUUCCGAGAGCGCCGUGCUGAACCUCGCCGGACUGUACGGAAAUACCCGCCAGCCACGAGAUUGGGUAGACCACGUGGUAAAAUCAAAGUCGGAUCUAAAGGGGAAAGGUGCACUGCAUGUCAUUCAUGGCGAGGACGUUGCCAGAGCCGUUGUCGCCCUACAUCGAAAUUUUACCCCCAAGAAACGGUGGCUCUUGUGUGAUAUGCAUGUCUACGACUGGUGGGAUCUAGUACAGGACUGGGCAAUCCAAACUUUGCGGAGCGCCGAGGGUGGCGUCGGUCAAGUUGACACAUCGACCGCUAAGAUCGAGAGGCAGACGGAGCUGCUGAAUUGGGUUGGCGAGCUCAUGCUAGAAGAGGGUGUCAGGGCACUCCCAAGAGAUACGUCUUCGCUAGGGAGAACACUGGAUGGUAGGGGAUUCUGGAAGACUAUGGGCAUCUGGCCGAUUCAAGGGCGCAUUAGAUAA